AUCGAUGUUUAUUAACGGUCUACACAGAGAUCAGAUAGCCCUCCUCCCUCCUGUGCACUGUACACAGACGCUGUCUGGAGUCAGCCUCACAACCACCCUUGAGGUAGGUACUGUUUUCCCUCACUUCAUAGAGACUAGGGAAACGCAGCUUGAUGGAAGCGGGGUGACGUGCUCGGAAUUCCUAGCACGAGAAGUGCUGGAGUACCGACAAUCCGCAGCAGCCCUUUGGCGGGGAUCUGCAGUACUCUGUGCGGCUGUCCUGCGCAUCCCUUUAGGCACCUGCAGCUGCCGGGGCAGCGGGGCACUGACCUCCUCCCCUCCCUCAGGCGUGAAGACCCCCUUGUGGAGGAAGGACGUGGAGGAGCCCAGAGCCGAGGAGGAGGGGUCGGAGGAAGCGAAGGAGGCGUCGGAGAAGGAGGAAGAGGAGGAGGAGGAGGAAGAGGAGAGGUCGGUGGCAGAGAGCGAGAGCCGGACGGAGGCAGCAGACCGCGAGGAGCGCUCGGGGCGCUCGGUGUCCUACAGUCCGCUGCGCCAGGAGUCCAGCACCCAGCAGGUGGCGCUGCUGCGGCGCGCGGACAGCGGCUUCUGGGGCUGGCUCAGCCCGUUUGCGCUGCUGGGUGGCCUGGCGACUCCCGCCGACAGGUGAGGCGCGCGAUCGGGUGCGGGCUGCUAGGGA